GAAAUCCUGGGGCCCAUCAGCAGUUGCGCUGAGUGAGCCGAGCGGAGCGAUGAGCGUUCACUGAGCCGGAGGAGAGGAAGACCGCUGCCUUUUCCUCCUUCUACUGCGCUUCAAUAUUACAAUUCUAUAAGCAUCUGAACCUUUUCACUGAAAAAAAAACUAAUGGAAUUCUGCUCUGGAAUUUUCUGAUUUUUUUUUUUUUUUAUCGUAAUUAAUAUUUUACACUCGGGCUUCAUACAUCCGGAGUCGAAAGAGGUCUGUCCAAGGUGUCUUUUAAAGCUGAGUACCAAUCAUGGAGCAUGAAACCGGGCCAACACUGAUUGUUACAAGCUUCAAUCCAGGAAGUCGUCUCAAAGACCUAACCUUAAAUCACCAGAUGAGGUUCUGAAAUCACUGACAGAGCGCUCGAAGGAUCGGCUUCAUCAUCACACUUUCACCUAUUUGCUUUGUGUGGAAAGAGGAUAUUUUUUUCUAUCCCGCCAUAGAUUGGCAGACAAGAUUAGAUUAAAUCUAUUGUCAAGAUUACAUCUACCAUUUAACAAAUGCAAAAUAAAACUAUUUCACUGUCUUCAUAGAUCAAUGAUCUACACGGAAUAUAAGACUCAGUAGCCAAACGCUGGAGCUGAACUGUAAUCAAAUGCUUUUAUCGCUUUGAGGAUCUAUCCCAAAUUCCAUCCCUUCUUUUGUGCACCCUGUUGCUCUCCACCAUGAAUCCAAACAGCCUUCCUGGGCAUUUUCUUAUGCUGCUAUGUUCCCUGCUCAGCCUAAGCGCAGGCCUGGAGUUUACUGGUUCUGAAGGCCAGUGGGCUCGCUACGUGCGCUGGGACGCCAGCUCCAGAAGUGACCUGACAUUUCAGUUCAAGACCUCGCAAUCGGAAGGCCUGCUGCUCUACUUCGACGACGGCGGAUACUGCGACUUCCUGCUGCUCGCCUUGUCCGAGGGCAAGCUGCAGCUCCACGUCAGCAUCGAUUGUGCUGAGACCACCAUCACCUCUGACAAGCUGGUCAACGACAGCCGCUGGCACUUUGCCGCCAUUAACAGGGAGAACUUGUGGACCGGCCUGGCCGUGGACGGUCAAAGCAAGACGGGAGAGGUGCGGCCCCAGCGACAGUUCAUGAAGAUCAUCAGUGACCUCUUUCUCGGGGGGCUCCCAAGGGAUAUCCGCACAUCCGCCAUCACCCUGCCCUCUGUCCGCGAGCUUCCACCAUUCAAAGGAAUUAUCACCAACCUCAGCUAUGGGAGUAAGUUGCCCACUUUGGUCAAUAGCCAGAAAGUUCGGCUGGAGAUGAUGGGCCUUUGCACGGAGAACCCCUGUGAGAAUGGUGGGAUCUGCUCACUGGCAGAUGGAGAAGUCUACUGUGACUGCUCCAAAACUGGAUAUGUAGGUCGAUACUGCACGGAAGCAGUCCAGAGAAAAGCAGAACUCGCGCACCUGAAGGCAGACCAAGGUAGAAACAAAGCACGGGAGGAGAACGUGGCCACCUUCCGUGGCUCUGAGUACUUCUGCUACGACCUGUCGCAGAACCCCAUUCAGAGCAGCAGCGACGAGAUCACGCUGUCGUUCAAGACGUGGCAGCGGAACGGCCUCCUCCUGCACACGGGGAAGUCCGCCGACUACGUCAAUCUGGCGCUGAAAGACGGGGCGGUCUCCCUUGUCAUCAACCUCGGUUCUGGGGCCUUCGAGGCCAUUGUAGAACCGGUCAAUGGAAAAUUUAACGACAACUCCUGGCAUGACAUCAAAGUGACACGCAACCUGAGACAGGUCACAAUCUCCGUGGACGGCAUCCUCACCACCACUGGCUACACUCAGGAGGACUACACCAUGCUGGGCUCCGACGCAUCAUCUCGGUAAACAGCCGCAGGACCCCUUUCACAGCCAGUGGGGAAAACGAGAUCUUGGACUUGGAAGGGGACCUUUUCUUGGGAGGUCUGCCUGACAGCCGGGUGGGUUUGGUGCUCCCCACCGAGCUCUGGACCGCCAUGCUCGACUACGGCUACGUGGGCUGCAUCCGGGACCUGUUCAUUGACGGGCGCAGCAAGGACAUCCGGCAGAUAGCCCAGUCGCAGAACGCAACGGGCAUCAAGUCGUCGUGCAACAAGAUGACGGGGAAGCAGUGCGACAGCAGCCCCUGCAAGAACAGCGGGGUGUGCAAGGAGGGAUGGAACCGCUUUAUCUGCGACUGCACUGGGACGGGCUUCUGGGACAGUACCUGUGAGAGAGAGGCGUCAAUCCUGUCGUUCGACGGCAGCAUGUACAUGAAGGUGGUGAUCCCGAACAUCAUGCACACCGAAGCCGAGGAUGUCUCCCUCCGUUUCAUGUCCCAGCGGGCCUUCGGUCUGCUCAUGGCGGCGACGUCCCGCGAGUCAGCGGACACCCUGAGGCUCGAGCUGGACAGCGGGAGGGUCAAACUGACGGUCAACCUAGACUGUGUCAGGAUAAACUGUAACACCAGCAAGGGCCCUGAGGUUCUUUAUGCCGGACAAAAGCUCAACGACAACGACUGGCACUCGGUGCGGGUGAUCCGCCGCGGUAAAAACUUCAAGCUCAUUGUGGACGACGACAUGGCCGAAGGUCAGAUGGUAGGGGACCACACCCGCCUGGAGUUCAGCAACGUGGAAACGGGCAUCUUGACUGAGAAGCGCUUCCUUUCCUCAGCGCCCUCCCCUUACAUCGGCCACCUACAGAGCCUCAAGUUCAACGGUAUGCAGUACAUUGACAUGUGCAAGAAUGGAGACAUCGAUUUCUGUGAGCUCAACGCGCGCUUCGGCAUGCGCUUCAUCGUGGCCGACCCCGUCACCUUUAAGACCAAAGCCAGCUACCUGGGCCUGGCCACCUUGCAGGCGUACACCACCAUGCACCUGUUCUUCCAGUUCAAAACCACCUCGCCCGACGGCUUCAUUCUUUUUAACAGCGGAGACGGGAACGACUUUAUUGCCGUGGAACUGGUCAAAGGGUUCAUCCACUACGUGUUCGACCUGGGCAACGGGCCCAGCCUGUUGAAGGGAAACAGUGACAACCCACUGAAUGACAACCAGUGGCACAACGUGGUCAUCACGCGAGACACCUCCAACACACACACUCUCAAAGUGGACAGCAAGUCGGUCACCCAGAACGUCAACGGGGCCAAAAACCUCGACCUGAAAGGUGACCUGUUCGUUGGAGGUUUGGGACCCAACAUGUAUCAGAACCUCCCCAAGCUCGUGGUUUCCCGGGAGGGCUUCCAGGGCUGCUUGGCGUCCGUAGAUCUCAACGGGCGCCUGCCAGACCUCAUCAACGACGCCCUUUUCCGCAGCGGACACAUAGAACGCGGCUGUGAAGUUGGCUUCACCAAAGCCGACCUGCAAGGGCCGAGCACCACCUGCCAGGACGACUCGUGCGCUAAUAUGGGCGUGUGCAUCCAGCAGUGGGAGAACUUCACCUGCGACUGCUCCAUGACGUCUUACACAGGCACCCACUGCAAUGACCCUGGCACCACCUACAUAUUUGGCAAAGGAGGAGGCCUGAUCACCUACACUUGGCCCAACAACGAGAGGCCAAGCACACGGACGGACCGGCUGGCGGUGGGCUUCAGCACCACUAUCAAGGAUGCCAUCCUUGUUCGCAUCGACAGUGCCCCACGCCUGGGUGACUACAUCAUGCUCCACAUUGAACAAGGCAAAAUCGGUGUGACGUUUAACAUCGGGACGGUGGACAUAAGCGUGAAGGAGUCAAACACUGAGGUAAACGAUGGCAAAUACCAUUUGGUCCGAUUCACUAGGAACGGGGGCAACGCGACCUUGCAAGUGGACAACUGGCCGGUCAACGAGCACUUUCCCUCAGGCAACAGCGACAUUGAACGCUAUCAAAUGGCAAAUAAGAAAAUCCCGUUCAAAUAUACCCGGCCAGUAGAGGAUUGGCUUCAGGAGAAAGGCCGGCAGCUGACGAUCUUCAACACCCAAGCCACUAUUUCUAUCGGAGGAAAUGACCGGAAGCGGCCCUACCAAGGCCAGCUCUCCGGCCUCUAUUACAAUGGCCUCAAGGUCCUCAACAUGGCCGCCGAGGGCCACCCUAACAUCAAGGUCAACGGCAGCGUGCGGCUUGUGGGAGACGUGCCCACCAGCCGUGGUGCGACGCGCACCACCACUUCCAUGCCGCCGGAGAUGUCCACCACCUUUAUCGAGACCACCACCACGCUGUCCACCACAACCACCCGCAAACAGCGCUCACCACCGUCUAUUCAGACGACGGAUGACAUCGUUUCCUCGGCGGAGUGCUCGAGCGACGACGAGGACCUGGAGGAGUGCGACUCCGGACACGCAGCCAAAAGCUCUAAUGCCGCCCGACCGCUUCGUGCCGCCUUUACAUGGACAUGGCAACUGAUGUACACGUUCACCCCCAUCUAUGUCAUUUCCUUCCUAGUAUGUUCAUAGGUCCCACCCCCGUCUCACGCUCCUUCCUCCCAAACCCUUUACGUAGAGACUCUUAAGGAUAUGUACAGUUCAUUUUGUUCAUGACUGAUGAACAAGUUAAUGUUGAGCAAAAGAAGAAGAAAAAAAAAAGCUACAGAGUCAUCUGAUCAGGCUGUAAAUAUUUAUGGAGACUUAAUGAUAAAAGUAGGAAUCAUAACUGUACAGGUUUUUUUUGUUUUGUUUUUUUGUUUUUUUAUAAAACGAAACAACUUUUAAAAGUAGAAAAAAAAAAAGAUCUCCUGAGCAGAAUGGCGAAGAUUACUUUCAUGUCAUGUGUGUGGAUGUAUGUGUUGUUGCCUCCCUAUACCAUCCUGUCUAAACAGAGAAUAAUAUACUACGUAAUCAGAAGCUGA